AUGUCAAUUACACUAAAAAAAAUUGAAAAAAUAUUAUUGGGUUCUAACCCAAUUCCCACUCAUUGGCCAUCACAAUGGCUCCAAUGUAUCGAUAACAUACAAAAUAAAAUGGAACAAAAUAUGAAGGAAGGAAAUAAUAAAUACGUAAUAAAAGUGACAAAUGCCUUUAAAAAGUAUGGACAAAAUAAUAUAUUUAACGGUUUAAACAUGACUGUGAAAUCUGGUUCAAUCUAUGGUCUUUUAGGACCAAGUGGCUGUGGUAAAUCGACACUUCUUCAAUGUAUUUUGGGAUCGUUGCCACUGGAUUCUGGUUGUAUUGACUUACAAGUAGAAAGUUUAGAAGACGUUGGAUAUAUGCCUCAAGAUAUAUGUCUGGAAGAUACUUUGACCAUAAAAGAAACUUUCGAGUACUAUGGAUCACUUUAUAGAAUGAGCAAGACAAAAAUUAAAAACAAAUUAGAUGAGAUUAACGUAUUUCUACAGUUACCAGAUUUUAAUAGUUACAUUAAUGAAAUAAGUGGUGGCCAAAGUAGAAGAGUAUCUUUAGCUAUUAGCUUAUUACAUGACCCCAAAGUUAUGAUUUUGGACGAACCAACAGUCGGAGUUGACCCUUUGCUGAGACAAGGAAUUUGGGCAGAGUUUACCAAAAUGGCCAAAAAACAUAAAAAAACAAUCAUAAUAACUACUCAUUAUAUUGAAGAAGCAAAUAAAUCGGAUUGCGUCGGCUUAAUGAGAAAUGAAUUGAUAAUUGAAGAAGGACCACCUCAAGACAUCCUUGUCAAAUAUGGUACAGAUACAUUGGAAUCAGCUUUUUUAACGAUUUGCUGUAAUCAAAGAACAAUUAUUAAAAAUGAUGACCACAGCAGCACUAUUCAAGUAAAAGAAAAAAAUCGAUCAAAAAAAAUAAAGAAAAUGGAAAACAACGUCGAUUUAUAUAGAAUUAAAGCCUUGAUAAAAAAAAAUUACCGUGUAUGCUCUCGAGAUUAUAUGUUGUUAUUCACUGUGAUCUUACUGCCUAUAUUGCAAACGUUUAAUUUUUGUUAUGGGAUUGGAGUACCGUUUAAAAAUAUGUCAAUAGCUUAUAAAAACGACGAGAUUAAUAUUUUAGAUUGUCAAUAUUCAAAUGUUAAUAGAUGUAUUUUAGACGAAAAUAACAAUCAAAAAAUGAGCUGUAUUAUUAUGAACUACCUCUCAUCACAUGAUUAUAAAUUAAUCGAAAUACAAGAUCGUGAAGCUGCUGAAACUAGUAUAGAUCACGAAGAGCAUAUCGCAUUUCUAUAUUUUCCUGAAAACUAUACUAGUGGUUUUACACAAUAUAUUAAUGACCGUCAAUAUUUCGAUUUAGAAUCUAGAAUUUUUGUUCAUUUAACGAACGAAAAUAUUUUAUUUAAAAAUCAAAUUACGAUAGAUGUACUAGAAUCAAUAAGUCAUACAAUAAAGGAAGCAUUAAAUAGUUGCUCUAAUAAUCCAACAUCAGUCAGUGUACCCUUGGAGUUCAAUACUUUGUUUGGAAAAGAAGUCAAGUCAUUUGUCAAUGGUAUCAUUUCUCUUUUUAUAGCCAUGAUAGCGUUUUAUUUCCCAAGUGUAUUUGCAGUAAGCAUAAUGAUGUCAGAAAAAAUGGACGGUCUCCUUAGCCGAUCCAUGUAUGCAGGUGUCAAAAUAUUGGAAUUGUUAAUUUCUAUGUUUUUUAUCACAACACUGUUACUUUUGUUACAAGUGAGUGCUUCCUGUUUCAUUUCAUAUGUUAUAUUUUCGAAUCCAAUACAAAUCACCAACGGGCUGUUUGUCUAUGUGCUAUUAUUAUUACUAUUGGGAUGGAUAGGUUUUUAUUUGGUAAGUUUAUUUACUGCUGUUAUAUCAACUACAAAAUUAGGCGGUGUGUACAUUAUAACUGGAUCAUCUAUGACUCAGUUUUUGUUAUCAGGUGCAAUAUGGCCUUUGGAAGGACAGCCCCAAUUAUUAAGGCAAUUUUCGAUGGUACUUCCUAUAAGGCUAGUAGGAAAUACAAUGAACAACAUAGUAUUAAAAGGGUGGUCAUUGGAUCAUCCAUCAAUCUUAACAGGAACUUCAUUGACUGUUUUUUAUACUAUAUCAUUAGUACUGGUAUUAAUUGUAUUAAGAAAAUUAAAAAAAGAUUGGUGGGUUAUACAGAAAUAGAGAGUUUUAUACAAAUAAUUAAUAUAAAAAAUUUUGUAUAGAAAUAUGUUAAUAUACCUAGUUAUCAAUUUUUUUUUUAAAUCACGGAGUUAAGGUUUUAAUACGAUGUACGCUAUAUUAACAUAAUAUAGCUAUCCACAUUUUACUUUUGCUUACAUUUUAUUUUGAAUUGGUUUAAAUUAAUGACAUUAUUAUGUUUAAACACUCGUACAAAUUAAAAAUUAAAACUUAUCAUGAAUUAUAAUAUUUUCUUGACAAUUUUAUAAGCAAUGAUACUCACGAAGUCCCUUAUUAUUUCGAUUAUAACAAUGACUGCAUAUUAUGUUAUAUAAUUUAUUAAACAAGUAACUGUAAGACAUUCACAUAUUA